AUGUGGCAGUUUCAUCCGUAUCAUCACUUGUCUUUUUCUUUGUCAAUAAUAUCACCAUCAUUGUCGUCAUCAUCGUCAUCAUCAUCAAACAUCGUCAUUAUCAUCAAACAUCAUCAUCAUCAUCAUCAAUUAUCAUCAUCAUCAUCAUCAUCAUCAAUUAUCAUCAUCAUCAUUAUCAUCAACCAUCAUCAUCAUCAUCAUCAGUCAUCAUCAUCGUUAUCAAAAUCAUGA